AGAUGAGGCAGGCCCGGUUUUUGUUGGAGGGAAGGCGAACCGAGUGAACGCAUCUCAUCCUUUGUUUAAUCUGACCGUUACACAUAGUGUUGCGAUUAUGAGGUAUUUUUAUGGGCAGGAAUCAUAGGGAUUAGUGGUAUGUUUUCUUUACCUGUAAUUCUCGAAUUUUCAAGUUUGUUACGCGAGUUUAGGGUUGACGUUGAAGGCCAGCACCAUCAGAAAUGGUUAACAUUGGUUCAGAUUGACUAUUGCUGGACAUGGUCCGAACAAUCUGAUCGAUGUCCUCGAAUGAUUAUCCUCGUUUAUCGCACUGUGUACACAGCAUGCAUGUGUGUCAGAGUAGUAUUAGUGUCAGCUACAGCACGGUCGUGAUACCAUAGCGCGGUCAGGCACGUACCAUGUCCUGAUUUGGAAUCCAAAUGACAUCAACGAUCAAUUUUAUUUUUUUUCCCUGUCAUUCAUGACCACUGUCGCUCCUGCCCACGACGUUGAAGAUGGCCAGUUUGACGAUGCACCCGACGAUGUGGGGUAUGCACGCAUUAAUGACUCUGAGCUAGUCGACCUAACUUGGGAUGAUGAUGAUGAUGAUGAUGAGGAGGAGGAGGAGGAUGACUCUGAAGAGUACGAUCAAGUGAGAGUUGAGGACGAAGACUGGGAAGUAGCUGAGAAAGGUAUGUUCUCGCAUAAGUCGUGGCGAUUAGCUUAGAUGAUCAACCAGAUUUCACGAAACAAUACAAUCGUCUAAGACAGCACCUCGCAGUGCGAUCUGGAUCAGCAACGAGUACGGCCCCGACGACGCCUUCGAAGCCUGCCGGUGGAAAAGGGAGCAAUGUUGCU